AUGUGGUCCGGACAGUUAUUUCUUGUUUGGUGUUUUACUUUGACUAUUUUAGCAACACAAAGUCAUGUUAUUCAUAAACGAGGUUUACUUUCAAAACUAUUCAGUAAAAAAGGUUCGUCGACUGGUAAUGUUGAAUCUGAUCUACCACCAGGUGAACGAACAAAACUUCGUGAAUUACUUAAAAAUCCAGUAGUUGUUUCAAUGCUUACUGCCGCUGUAGGAAUGGUUAUUCAACAAGCAUUGGCUGCUAAAAAUAUGAAUGAUGUAUGCGACAAUAAAUAUAUUAAAAUGGCUUCGUCAGUUGGUAAUUUCAAUCCUCAACUGCAACAAGCAAUCAAUUUACUUGGUUGCAAUGGACCUAAUCGAAAAUUUGGUAAUAAUAAAUCUAAAGAUAAAUAUAGUGUAACAACAACACCGGCUUUUAAUCAAGAUGAAGAUAAUGAAAAUGAAAAUGAAGAGCCAUCAAAUGAUCAAGAUGAAGAAAAGGAAGCCGAAGAUACGUUAGAAAGUGGUAUUCCACCUGAACAACAUUCAAAAUUACAACAAUUAAUGAGUAUUGCACGAGGUGAAAAGGGUGCGAAACGCAAUUUUCUUAAAGGCCUUUUUGGUUUAAGUAGCAAAGAUAAAACAUUCAAGAAAGGUCAUAAAUUACCAUCAUCAUCGUACAAAUUGGAUAAAGACGAUGCUGAUACAAUGAAAGAUCUUGAGAAAGAUAUUGAAAGAUUCAACAAGGCAAUAUAA